UCGAUAGACGUGCGCCGUGUCUCCUCCGCGGCAGCUCAAGCCGAACUGGGGCACGCGCCCGGAAGAUGUCGUCAGGAAUUCGACAGCUUUGGAAAUCGCUCGCUAUGUAGUUUUGAUAAAUCAAACAGUGCAUUUGCCGUCGGUACCAGCCGGUGUAAAUCAAAAUUGUCCGUGCCCACAAGCGUAGUUUUGAUUAAGGCCUUGCGCGAUGAAAAUUCCGUGUAAAAGUGGCUUCUAGCUCACCGUAAAGAUCAACUUCGCUCCAACAAGCAGGCGUCGGAUUGCAACCAUGUAGACCAUGGCUCUUCUCACGAUAUUAAAGUACUGUGCGCACAGCGGUAAUGGCCUCCAGUGAGUCUCAACUUCGUCUGACUGCAUCAGAGCCAGCCAAGUGGAUUGUGGUGUACAAGAAUGGCGACCAGCACUACCCGGGACGGCGGAUGGUCGUCAAACCCCGGGAGAUCAAAACAUUCGACCACUUGCUGGAGGAGGUGACCGUGAAGCUCAGCCCCAGCUUCGGGGCCGUGCGUAACAUCUUCACGCCGGAGGGAGGCACACGAGUGUCCAGCCUGACCGACCUCAAGGCCAACGGACGUUACGUGGCCUCCCCCAACGAGCCGUUCCGGCAGCUCUCCAAGACCAGAUAUGCCGACAUCCCCGUACAGAGCACCAGUCAGAGCCGGAUAUCCCUGCAGCCGUCCAAGGACAAGCUGCAGACCAGCUUGCGCCGGCUGAAGGCGGUGCCGUCGCGUUACCGGGACGCCGCCUCUGAUGAGCUCACCAUCCACGUGUACCGCAACGGCGACGCCUACUCUCCGGCCGGCACGUUCCGGCUGAACCGCAUGGCGCGCUCCCACUGGGAACAGACGCUGGCCCGCGUCGGCGAGAAGCUCCAGAUCGGCCGCGGCGUGCACAAACUGUAUAACCUGCGCGGCCAGCUGGUCCGUAAUCUGGCCACUGACUUGGAGCACAACGGCCAGUAUGUGGCAGCCGCCGACAACGACAGUUUCCGCCUGGUUAACUACGGCGCCUCGCUGGAGCCCUUCCAGAGCGUGACGCGCGGCGACAGGAGUCGCUCAGAGGCGAGUCUGCCGUCCGUCCGGGGCGCGACUCGAGGUGGCAGGCGGGCAGCGGCCGACCGGGGACGGCGGCCGCGCGGUGUCUCCCUGCCGCCGGCCGAACCGCCGCAACUCUCGCGAGGCCCCGCCCGUCGGCAGUCGGCGGCGGGCGCUCAGGAGGAGAGGCCCGGCAGCGAGGACGGGCUGGCGGAGCGCGGUCGGCAGGGGCGAGACGAGGAGCGUCUGGAGGAUGGGGUCGGCGACGCCGGCGGCGGUCACAGCGGCAGCGGCGGCAGCGGCGGCAGGACAGGCCGUGACUCGGCCUACGGCUCGGACGGCGCCUCGCCCGAGGAGAGCUGCCAGUUUCAGCUGCGCGAGUCCGAGUACCUCAAGGCCACCAAGACGCCGCUGCCGGUGGUAGAGGUUGAUCUGGACAGAGACUCUGGCGGCGUCUACCGACACCGCUCGACCGAGCCGGCGCCGCCCGAGCUGCCCGACGCUCCUGAUAUGCGCGCUGAGUUGCCGAUCGACCUUCGGCCCGCCCAGGAGGUCACCGAGGAGCUUAUACAAAUCUAGUGAUGACAGCAGUGAUGACGACCCGCACACCAAGAACCAUUGUCAAAGAAGCGUGGACUCGGAAUUGUGUACAAAUCUGUCAAAUGUUCUGUCGUAAGAUUUGGGUCACUUGCUUCGAUGCAAGACCAUGUUUGUUGCCGUCCUAAACAUGCCGUGUAUCUAUAAUACACUGACGUCAUGA